AUGGCGGUCUUCGACACCCCGCAGGAGGCCUUCGGGGCCUUGCGCCCAGCAUGCGUGCAGCUGACCAAAGCCCAGACGGCGGAGAAUGUGGAGCGCCUCCGUGAGCAGCUGCAGUCCGUGAGCGACCUCGCCUUGCAGGAGCUGCAGGAGUACGUCCUCUUCCCGCUGAGGUUCACCCUCAAGACGCCGGGGCCCAAGCGCGAGGGCGUCGUCCGGAAGGUGGUGGGAUGCCUGGCCUUCGUCCUUGCUGCCACACGCGUGCGGAAGGCGGAUCUGCUGCAGGAGCUGUUCUCCGAGCUCUGCCUCUGCCUGGGGUCUCCGGCCAGCCCCGGCCAGCCGGCCCCGCUGUCCGAAGAGCUGAAGCAGGACGUGAUCUGGACCCUGGAGGCGUUGCUCCACGCGGCCGACUGGGAUGUCCUCCUGACCCUUUACCGGCCCUCCGCCCUUCCCCACCUGGGCUUCGCGGUCUCCUUGCUGCUGGCCGUCGCCGAGCGGGAGAGAGCCAAGGCCGUCCAGGUCGCCGCCUUGCACUGCUUGCAGGCUCUCCUGCUGCAGUGCGACUGCCCGAAGCGCCACCGGCCCCUGGAUGGCGAGGAGCGGAGACGCCUCGGCGACCUCUUCGCUUCCUUCCUCCCGGGCGUCUCCGUCGCCCUGUCCCGGGUUAUCACGGGGGACGUGAAGCAGGGGCACACGGUCGUCGUCUCGGCCACCCGGGCCUUCUCUCGGGCGCUGGGCGUGGUGAUGGCGGACGAGCAGCUGGCCCGGGUCCCGCCCGAGAGAGAGAAGCCGGCCCUGGAUCGGGACGGCCGGAUAGCGGAGCUCCUGGUGCACAGAAAUGCAGACUGGGUGACGAGCACCGCCGCCAAGCUCUCCGUCGUCAUCCGGAAGGUGGUGGGCGGGGUGUCUGCUCACCCGCACUGGAAGGCGAGGAAGGAGCUGGCGGACAUGUCCUCGCGGCUGUUGAGCGAGUGCAGCCGGUCCUUGGCGGGAUCCGUAGGGCAGCUGGUGAAAGCCUUGGUCGGCCUCGUGAACGACGAGAGCGCCGAGGUGCGGAGCCGGAGCAACGAGGCGCUCAGGGGUCUGGCGGCCCGAGGGGCGGUGGCCGAGGAGCGGCGUCUGGCGGACAUCCUCUCGGAGGAACUGCACGCGCUCACCACGGCCCUUCCUCGCCUCAUGAGCUCCCAGGACGACCAGGGCAAGGUGGCGACCUUGAACCUGCUGGUGGGCUACCUGAAACUCUUGGGCCCCAGGGUGAACGUCGUCCUCCACUCCGCGUCCCACCUCCAGCGCCUCUCCAAAGCGCUCGUGCAGGUUCUGGAGAUGGACGCGAAGGACGUCAAGAUCGUGGAGGAGCGGCGCCGGUGGGGCCCGGAAGGCCCGCGGGAGCUGUCCGGGAGUCCGACGGAGCCCCCGCCCAAGGGGAGCGGCCCUCGGAAGCGCUUCCGCUUCUUCACGGAGGACCGGGUCUUCUCCCUGCUGCGGCAGGUUGGCCGGAUUCUCGGGCACUACGGGGACCUCUAUCUACUCGUGGACCACUUCACGGAGCUCUACAGGGAGUCCGCCGCCUACCGGAAGCAGGCCGCCAUGGUGGUCAACGAGCUGAUCGCCGGAGCUGCCGGCCGGGACGUGGACGUCCUCCGCGAGCGGGAAACGGGACUGAGCAGAAACGAACUCAAAGGGGUCGUCGCUUCCGUGCUGGAGGAGUACCUGGACCCGGGCAACUGGCAUCUGGUCACCAGUCUCGAAGGGGAAGAGCUCGAAGCGGAGCCGGCCGGGGAAUAUUUCGGCCUCCUCGCCGUCCCGUCCGCCGAGGGCUUCCCGCUUCCUCCGGCUUUGAAUCCGAGACCCCUGGUCCACUCCAUGAGUGGCAACAUCUGGCAGAUCUGUAUCCAGCUGGAAGGGGUCGGCUGCUCCGCGUUGGCACUGGAGAAAGACUUCCGCGAGCUCCUGAUCUCCGUCCUGUACCCAGUUCUGGAAAAGGCUGGAGACGGCAACCUGCUGAUCAGGCAGGUGGCCCUGGGGACUAUGGCGGACAUCUGCCAGGCCUGCGAGUACGACUCCGUCCCGGGCCUCAUCUGCCAGAACGCGGACUACCUGGUGGACGGGAUUUCCUUGCACCUGCGCCGCCUGGCUCACGAACCGCACGCCGCCCAGGUCCUGGGGGCCAUGCUCCGACACGCCGAUGCCGACGUGCUGCCUUUGGUGGGGGACGUGAUUCAAGACGUCCUGGCCGCGCUCGACCGGGGCCAUAGCGAACGCACGCCUCUGUUCCUUGGGGUUAUGCACACCCUCAUGACGAUGCUAGCUUCCUGGUUUGCGUCUGGGCACCAAACGGACGGGAACCCGGAACAGGACGGGGGCCCUUUGCUGGGAGGAGCUGGCCCGCCGGAGAAGAGGCCCGCCGCUGUCCCCACCGCGGAGGAAAUGGAGGCCUUCUUCCGGGAGUACAUGCGGCAGAAGCGGAUCGCAGAGGGUGACCUGCCGGAUGAGGAGGAAGGAGAGGAAGGAGAGCCUCCGCCUACUUCGGCGCCUGAGUCGAACGACCACAGCCCGGAGGUGGAGACUCCGUUGCCCGCCCACGCCCAGGUGGCCAAAGAAGUGAUGGAGCGCUGUGUCCACCUGCUCUCGGACAAGAGCCUUCGCGUGCGCCUGAAGGUUCUGGAUGUCUUGGAGCUUUGCGUGACAGUCCUGCAUCCUCACCAGAACCACUUCCUCCCAUUGGUUCAUCGGACGUGGCCUGCCCUUGUGACCCGCCUGACCAACGACGACCCCGUGGCUGUGCUCCGAGCCUUCAAGGUUCUGUGCGCGUUAGGAGCCAGGAGCGGGGACUUCCUGCGGCGGCGAUUCUCCAAGGACGUCCUGCCCAAGCUGGCGGGCUCCCUUGCCACCCAGGCGCCAGUCAGUGCCCGCAGCGGGCCCAUCUACAGCCACACCCUGGCCUUCAAGCUGCAGCUCGCCGUGCUUCGGGGCCUGGGCUCCCUCUGCCAAGCGCUGGACCUUGAUGAGAGCGACCUCCAUCAGGUGGCAGAGACCUGCCUGCCCUACCUCAGCGCGAAACAGCCCGUGAAGUUGCAAGCAGCUGCCCACAGCGUCUUCCUCCACUUGAUGCAGAUGGACCCGGAUGCGGCGUGGCUGUUCCUCGGCGAGGUCUGGUGCCCCCGGGCCUACGAGCCCCCCCACCCGAGCCUGCGCCCGGUGCGGCUGAGCGGGAUGGGGAAGAAGCGGGACGAGUUCACGGACAACGUGCAACGCCUGCUGGACGAGCUGCAGUGAGGGGGGCCGAGCAGAGAGGGGGACAGACGGGCAGGCGUGCCCGCUCCCGGGUCCCAACCGGACGGGCGUCCUUCGGAAACGCGGGGAGAUGGGAGCCCUGCCGAGAGGAGCUGGUGGGGCUGAGACCCAGUUGAGGGCGAGAACCAGCUCUCGGAGAAGCGGAAGCUCUUGUGGGUGGCCAAAGGAAGAGACUCAGCCUUGACGUAUUCUAGCCCAAGCGGUGGGGGCCCUCCACGCGUCC